AGACGGAUCACUGAUUCAUCUUCGUUCUUUCUGGUUCGCCAGUCGUUGAUUCCGUGGUUCCGUCCGGUUCCGUCUUCUAGGGAAUGGGAAUACAUCUUUUUGGCUAGAAAUUCUACUGUAUUUGUUCCUAAUCCUUGGAACCAUGGCCGUGAGACAGGCUACGGGAUUUAUGGGUUCCCUACGGAAAUGGGCGUAUAAUUUAUCAGGAUUUAAUAAGUAUGGUCUUCGUCAUGAUGACCUUUUGAACAAUAUGCGGGCUGAUGUACAGGAAGCUGUACGGCGCCUUCCCCAGCAUUUGGUUGACGAGCGCAAUUUUCGUCUAAUAAGGGCAAUGCAGCUUUCUUUGACAAAAUCCUACCUCCCAAAAGAAGAAUGGACAAAGUGGGAAGAGGAUGAGAGGUACCUCCAACCAUAUUUAGAGGAAGUUCAAAAAGAAAUGGAAGAACGUGCAGAAUGGAAUACAAAGUGAAUCAGUUGUUGCGUAUUUUUGUGAUAGUUUCUGAUAUUGUUGCAUGAAAAGUAUCAUAGAGAACUAGUUUGUGUAGUUUCACAAUUUGGGCUCAACCUUUUUGCAAUAAUGUCUUGUAAAUAAAGCUACAUAUGUUACAAACUAUUGGUCUUUCUGUCCUUGUUUGCCCUAAUGUUUAGAAAUUGAACAAUUGUAGCUUGUGUCAUCUUAAAAAUGUUCUAUUCAUGAACAGAAUAUUUUUGUGAGGGAUGGACUUUGGAUUAAGUGAACAAAGAAGUUAAAAAUCCUUACUAGUCCUGUAAUGUUAAUCUUGUUAUAGAUUUAUUUUUCACAAGUUUAUAUCUUCUAAAGGCUUAAAUGUAGUAUACGGUACAACCUAAGGAAGUCAUUUAAACUGGCACUUCGCGCCGUUCCGGUGUUAACUAGGCAGUUAAAAUUCUGGAAGCUUUCUUCAAAAGUGCUUUCUUAUAAAAGUGAAUUGGUAAUUACGCGUUGGAUAGACUUGAGGAUGUUUAUAGUGAAUGCGAGGG